UUAGACUAGCAGAGGCAGCCAAAUAUUUGACAAACUAGCAAUCGUUGGCUAGCGAGCUAGGAGUAAAAAUAAUACACCGAUUAAAACAAGAACAUUUCCCCACACUUGAGGCGCUCACGUUUAUGCCAAGGACUUAGGUUUCCGUGUAAACAGGAUGUCAACUCCAGCAAGACGACGUUUAAUGAGAGAUUUUAAACGGCUGCAAGAAGAUCCUCCAGCUGGAGUUAGUGGGGCCCCAUCAGAAAACAAUAUCAUGGUGUGGAACGCUGUCAUUUUUGGACCGGAGGGAACACCUUUUGAAGACGGAACCUUCAAGCUUACCAUUGAAUUCACAGAGGAAUAUCCAAAUAAACCUCCAACAGUGCGAUUUGUCUCCAAAAUGUUUCAUCCAAAUGUGUAUGCAGAUGGAAGCAUAUGCUUAGAUAUACUUCAGAAUCGUUGGAGUCCAACGUAUGAUGUCUCUUCAAUCUUAACUUCAAUACAGUCUUUACUGGAUGAGCCAAACCCAAACAGUCCAGCCAACAGCCAAGCAGCCCAGCUGUACCAGGAAAACAAGCGGGAGUACGAGAAGAGAGUUUCUGCUAUUGUUGAACAGAGUUGGCGUGACUGUUGACCCCUGCUAUCGUUUGAGUAUGAACAGAGUCCGGCCCAGAAUCAAGAAACCACAGAUCAAGUAAACAACUGAUCUCACAGAAAUAAAAUAACACAUCUUAAAAUACUUCUCAGUAUAUUUGUCACAUACCUGUUGCUAAGUUUGUAUGCUGUUGUGUUGUGGCAUUCACUCCUAGCCGAUUGCUAUUGUUGGGCAAUAGCGUAUGUUUGUUAAAGGUUAAUGUACCUCGUUAUAUCUGGGUUACUUGCUACAUGCCCCAACUCUUUUCUUUAAAAAAAAAAAAAAAAAAAAG